AUAUUAUUAUAAAAUAUUAAAUCGUCUUGUCACGGAUUCAUUACAGUUCUGUGGUUUGUGAACACUAUUAAUUAACCUAUAAUAAGCAGUAGCCGUUUGUAGCAGGUAGGCAGACUGAAGGAACCGCCCGAUGACCGGUGCUGAUGCUGAGCAUCCCUCUGUGAGCAUCCCAUUACAUCAUCUCUCAUCCUCCUGAUUGGCUGAAGGUCAGGCGCAUGCAACGCGGAACGUCUUCGCCAAACAAUCAAGGGUUGGUGGAUAUUCAAUGCGUCCUAUACAACCCUAAUAUUUAAAAAUCAAUAGCUUGAAGCCUGUAGUUCAGCAAUCAUUUGAAAUGAUGGCGGAAAGCGAGGUGGACACACCGAGCACACCGAUAGAAUACGAGAGCAAAUACUUCGAAUAUCAUGGAGUUCGACUCCCUCCUUUCUGCAGAGGCAAGAUGGACGAGAUCGCCAACUUUUCGUUGAGAAGUAGCGAUAUAUGGAUCGUCACGUAUCCCAAGUCAGGUACGAGUUUGUUACAGGAGGUUGUGUAUCUGGUAAGCCAGGGUGUGGACCCGGAUGAGAUCGGGCUUAUGAAUAUUGAUGAGCAACUUCCUGUGUUGGAGUAUCCCCAGCCGGGUUUGGAGAUUAUCCAGGAACUCACAUCUCCACGUCUGAUUAAAAGCCACCUGCCCUACCGUUUCCUACCCACAGCAAUGCACAAUGGAGAAGGCAAGGUGAUAUACAUGGCCAGGAACCCUAAAGAUCUGGUGGUGUCCUAUUAUCAGUUUCAUCGUUCUUUGAGAACCAUGAGCUACAGGGGAACAUUCCAGGAAUUCUGCAGGAGAUUUAUGAAUGACAAACUGGGAUAUGGCUCUUGGUUCGAACAUGUCCAGGAAUUCUGGGAACAUCGUAAGGAGUCUAAUGUUCUCUUUCUGAAAUAUGAGGACAUGUAUAAGGAUCUGGGUAACCUUGUGGAGCAGCUGGCCAGGUUUUUAGGUAUCUCAUGUGAUAAAGUUCAGCUGGAAACAAUGGUGGAGAGUUGUAACCAGCUCAUUGAGCAGUGCUGUAACUCUGAGGCUCUGUCCAUCUGCAGAGGUCGUGUUGGGCUGUGGAAGGACAUUUUCACCGUCUCCAUGAAUGAAAAGUUUGAUGCUGUAUACCGACAGAAGAUGGCAAAGUCUGACCUGACCUUUGACUUUAUUCUGUGAGGAGGGACAGUGACUAUGAGUUAACAAACCAACCAAUCAGUUCCCCCGCUGAUCCGCUGUGCUUAGCGCCACCUGCUGGAAAUUUCUCUCAUGGAGAUUUUAUCUUUCAUCUGUAGCAUCUCAUUACUGCUUUCUUUAGUUUCUCAGAAGUUACUUCUAAGUACUUAUGAUCAGUCCUACAAGUGUUCCCUUGUGUGUACUUGUAUAAACAGUGCAUCAGAAGUGUGAGCACAGUGCUUGUACCAUUUGCACAUUGCACAGAGCUGUUCCAUAUAUCCCAAAUGCGCUUAUGAAAUGUGUAUUUAUGAAAAAUCUAAAUGAAACAAUAAUCUUAGACUUUAUUCUACAGUAUACUGUAAAACGCAUAUGACAAACUCAUAAGAAGUUCAUGUCUUCUUGUCUGAGCGUUUGCAUUUCUCAGGAGGAUUCUUAAGAUCAUUGGCUAACAGAUGCAACAAAUAUGCAGGUGUCCAAUCACGUUUCGGCUACUUUAAACCUGACCAUAUUGAUAGUGCUGAUUGGCUCCUGUCUAAAAUAUCUACAAGAAUGUUAUUUGUUUUUUCUUUAUUUUUGGCUUCUAGGCUUUUGUCAUAUUACAGUACAGUGUUUACAGAUACUGUAUGUAUUAUGUUUAAAACGUAAUGUUUAUAUUAUGUUUACUUUGUGUAGGUAUAUUUUUACAUGUGAGCUGUAUCAAGGUGUUUUUGUGUAUGUGUGAGAGUAUCACAUCUACAGUAAGAAAUAUCUGAUCACCCCCAGAAUUAUUCUUGUUAGUUUAAACCCUGUGUUAAAAUGUACAACAUGACUUUCUUAAAUGCU